UCUUAAGCACCGCACGCAUCUGGUUCCCGUUCCAUUCGUCCUCGUUCUCUUUUCUCUAUGCUUACACCAUGAGACGAUUAAUACUCUGCUUGCUGCUAUGUCUCACGACUUUUACUCAAAAAGCCCUCGCCUCAGUAUUGGCCAUAGACUACGGCUCCGAAUGGAUCAAGGCCUCGUUAAUGUCACCCGGCGUGCCAUUUGACGUACUGCUAGAUAGAAACUCGAAGCGCAAGAUCCAGUCGACCGUCGGAUGGAAGAAGCAGGACAGGCUCUUUGGCUCGGACGCGUUCAACCUCGCCGGACGCUUUCCUUCAGACUCGUUCUCAAAUCUUAAGUACCUGCAAGCUGCUCCAUUUGAUUCCCAGACAGUAUCCUUCUACACUUCGAUUUCCACUGCAGAUGUCUUCCAGACAUCUAGAGGCACCGUCGCACUUCGCCGCUCGGAUGGUACCGAAUGGUCGGUCGAGGAGCUCAUCGCGAUGCAGCUCGCCUAUGUACGGGAGCUCGCAGAGUCCACCGCCAACGAGAAGGUCACCGAUGUCAUUCUGACGAUCCCGCCAUACUACACGCAGCACGAGCGUGACGCCGUGGUCGACGCAGUCGAGAUUGCCGGGAUGCGCACGCUUUCGCUCGUUCACGACGGAACCGCGGUCGCGGUCAACUACGCCAUGACGCGCAGCUUCUCCGAGGAGCCCGAGUACCACGUCAUCUAUGACGCCGGCGCGUCCUCCAUCCGCGCAACUAUCGCUGCGUUCAGCUCUGUGCCGGGAAACACGAAGAAGGACACCGCGACCUCUAUCGCUAUCAAAGGCUACGGCUUCGACAGGAACACGGGUGGCGUCGAAUUGGAUCGCCGUCUGCGCGAAAUCUUGAUCGGCGACUUCAACAAAAAGCACAAGAGGGACAUCCGAGAGGACAAGCGCGGCAUGGCGAAGCUUUGGAAGGAGGCAGGAAAGGUGAAGGCGAUUCUCAGCGCAAACGCAGAUGCCACGGCUUCGGUAGAGAGUCUCGCAUGGGACAUUGACUUCCGGUCCAAGGUCACGCGCAAUCAGUUCGAAAACGCGUGCAAGGACUUGACACUCCUUUACGCCAAGCCUAUCUUCGACGCGCUCUCUCACGCCGGCCUCACACUGGACAACAUCACCAGCGUCAUCCUGACUGGAGGCGCGUCUCGUACGCCCAUGAUCCAGACGGCCGUCAAGGCAGCUGUAGGCGAGUCCAAGAUUGCGCUCAAUGUCAACGCAGAUGAGGCUGCAGUACUUGGUGCUGCCCUUCACGGGGCCGGCCUGAGCCGCCAGUUCAAGACAAAGGACAUUCGUGUCAGUGAUAUUACUCCGUACGACAUUCAAGCCUCAUAUCAGGCCGAGUCCAAGUCCGAGACCUCAAAGUCACGGACAAUCAACACGCUCGUCUUCCCAUCUGGCUCUAAGUACGGUGGCAAGAAGACUCUGUCUCUCAGGCGCAAGGACGAUUUCACGCUUCAGCUCAACUACAAGGGCUCUCCUGUGCCCGGUUACCCAGCAGAUCUCCUCGAGGUCAGCCUGAAGGGUAUCCCUGAAGCCCUCAAGAACCUCACCGAAGCAGGCGCGGUCGAUCCCAUCAUCAAGGCCACCCUGGCGCUAUCCGACUCCGGCUUCGCCACCGUCCCAGAAGCAGUAGUUUUUGGCGAGAUCAAAGACGACACCAUUACCGGCAAGCUCAAGGGCCUGUUCGGCGGCUCGGCCUCGUCGAGCUCUGAGACCGAUAGCGAGUCUGAAACCGCAGCACGACCUGACACGUCUGCGACGAACAGCUCCGCAGAGGAGAAGGAGAAGCCUCUCGCGAAGGACACGAUCCCUCUGGAGCUGGAAGUCAAGCUGUCGUCGUCGUUGCCACCCAUGUCGGUCGCCGAGAAGCGCACUGCGCGGGACAGACUGCGCGCCAUCGAUUUUGCGGAGGUGGCCAAACGUCGUCAUGAGGAGGCGCGCAACACGCUCGAGAGUUACCUGUACCGUGUCCGAGACCUGCUCGUGGAGGAGGGCGACACGCCGUUCAGGAAGUGCUCGAAGGAGCAGGAGCGUACCACGCUGGGCGCGAAGCUCGAGGAGACGUUCGCGUGGCUCUCCGAGCACGGCGAGGACGCGGGUACGAACGAGCUCGUCGAGCACCGCACCGCCCUUGAAAAACUCGAGUACCCGGCCGUGCACCGGUACAAGGAGAUCGAGGCAUUCCCGGUGGCGCUGAAUAACAGCCAGAAGUGGAACUGGAGCGCGCGGCUAUUCCUCACGGAGGCGCGGCUCGCGCUGCAGGACGAGGCGAGCGGCGGCGAGCCGGGCAAGUACACGCAGGACGAGCUCGACGCGCUCGAGAAGACGCUCCGGGAGCACGAGGCGUGGCUCGACGACGCCGUCGAGCGCCAGAAACGCGUGCAGAUGUACGACGACCCCGCCGUCGAGAGUGCCGAGCUCUACUCGCGUGCGAAGGUGCUCGAGAGCCAGCUGCAUAAGCUCGUCAAGAAGAAGGCACCGAAGAAGAAGAAGAAAGAGGCCGAGUCGUCAUCGAGCAGCUCGAGCAGCGGCGCAGGUGCGAGCAGUACGCCAACCAAGACGGGCGAGGGCGCAGGGCAAUCCGGCGGCCACCGCGACGAAUUGUAGUAGACGUGAAUACCCAUCUCAGCGUAUAAUUUAUCAGAUUUUUUUCUGGCACUUUGAUCAUCUGGCUUACCCCC